CUGAACCGCUGACUUCCGGUGCUGAAACGCGUCGCCGCAGCCCGCAAGUGUUGCACAAACACGGGUAGGAUUGAGCAAGUUUGGGAGGAAAAGGGGGCAGAAACCGGGACAAGCAGGGUCGCGCUGGUCCAGCGGGCAGGGAGGACCGUGCUGGCGGAGCGACGGGCCGGGAGGCGUCGCUUGUGCCCUGGGUGCCGUUAAACGGAGACUGUGCCGCCGCCGUCCGUCCGUCCAGUGUAAUGAGUCGCUAGCUGUGUGUCCCUGAGCGCACCACCCAUGCUUCAGCUGGCCGCUGAUGAGACGCCAGUCCCGCGGUCUGAACCAUGCCGUUCUCCGUCCAUCCGGUCUCCAUGAGCGGAUCCUGACCUAGUCCAGUCCGGCUGGCUGCAGCGUGAGCAGGAAGUCCCCGAGCACAAGGCCCGUCCACCCCGUCCGUCCGUCCGAGGACCCAAACAAACAGCGGCGCUCGGUCGUUAAUCAUCCAGCAUAUCUGCCGGUGGACGGUUCUCCAGCAUGGCGAGCCUGCGUCAGAGGAAAGGCAGCAGGGGCAAGGAGGCGUCUCCGGCUGCCGAGGGCCAGUCCCAGCAGUCCAACUGUUGCACCCAUCACCAUCCAGACAAGGUCCUGCAGGGCGACUGGUCAUGGGGGGCUAUAAUCUGGACGUCGGUGGGUUGGUCCGUCUCUGUUGGCCUCGGCCUUCUCUGCUCCAUCUACGUGGCCACGCUACAUGAGAACGACCUGUGGUUCUCCAACAUCAAGGAAGUGGAGCGGGAGAUCUCCUUUCGGACAGAAUGUGGACUCUACUACUCGUACUACAAACAAAUGCUGCAGGCGCCGUCCAUACAGGAAGGGCUGUCAGAGCUGAUCCAUGAUAACCUGACGGAAUCCAGGAGGACCAUUAAUCUCCUACAGCGGAUGAAUAUCUACCAGGAGGUGUUUCUCAGUAUUCUCUACAGGCUGCUGCCCCUGCAGGCGUAUCUGGAGCCCGUGUAUUUCUACAUUUACACAGUGUUCUCGCUCCAAGCCGUGUACGUGAUUGCUCUGUACCUCACAGCGUGGCUCCUGUCUGGUUCCUGGCUCGCUGGUACACUAACUGGAGUCUGGUACAUUCUCAAUAGGGUAGACACCACUCGUGUGGAGUUCACCAUCUCCCUGAGGGAGAACUGGUCUCUGCCCUUCUUUGCGCUGCAGGUCACUGCCAUCACGUGUUACCUCAGGCCCCAGCUCAGCACCUUCCAGCAGAAGGUGAUGGUGUGGCUGAUGUACGUGACGACGCUUUGUUUCUGUCUGACGUGGCAGUUCAACCAGUUCAUUCUGCUCGUUCAGGCCCUCGUUAUCUACACCCUGGACUGUGGUGACCUGCUAACUACCACACAGGUAACCACCCUGUACCUGGUCCAGGUGAGCGGCCUGCUGAGCGUCUGGCUGCUGCAGUUCUGUAACUCCAUGAUCCUGGGAUCGCUGGCGCUGAGCUUCGUCGUGGCAGCCCUCUUCGUCCGACACUGGCAGUCUGCUCUGAAGACCGGAGGCCUGCUGGUCCGCCUGGCCAGAGUUCUUCUCCACAGCGUCCUGGUUCUCCUGCUCACCUUCAUCAUCAACUACCUGACUAAGAAGGCGCUCCAGCUCAGAUCAGACGAGCACAUCUUUAAAUUCAUCAAGUCAAAGUUUGCCCUGGGGCCGACCAGGGACUUUGAUGCCAGCCUGUAUCUGUGCGAGGAGGCCUUUGGCCGUCUGCCCCUGGACACCAUGGAGCGUCUGGCCGGCACCCUGCUCCUAUACCCGUACAUCCCCACUGUGCUACUGCUCAGCGGCACGCUGGCAGUGGCGGUGCUGCAGAACCUCAGGCCUAAAGGAGGCGCGGCGGACGAGAAGAGAGGCGUGGCGGCGGCCUUCCGACCAGAUGUGGCCUACAACCUGUUGCACACCGUGCUCUAUGGCCUCCUGGCUUUCAGCACCAUGAGGAUGAAAUACAUCUGGACGGGCCACAUGUGUGCGGUCGCAGCUUACGGCGUCUGCGGGACUGAGCUGUGGACUCUUCUUCUCAGAGCUCUCCGCUGCGACACUAAAGUUCUGCUGCGGUUUGUCAGAUACGCCGUUCCGCUGCUGAUGAUGGGCUGGCUGUAUUACAAGUUCUGGCCUAAACUGAUGGAGGAGCUAUCAGAGCUGAGGGAGUUCUAUGAUCCAGACACCGUGGAGCUGAUGACCUGGAUUAGCACAAAGACCCCGAAGCAGGCGGUGUUUGCCGGAAGCAUGCAGCUGCUGGCCGGCAUCAAGCUGUGCACAGGCAGAGUUCUCACCAACCACCCCCAUUACGAAGAUAAAGACCUGCGGGAGCGGACCAGACAGGUGUAUCAGGUGUAUGCUCGGCGGUCCCCAGAGGAAGUGCACGGCAUCCUGAGGGCGGUGGGGGCCGACUACGUGGUGCUGGAGAACAGCAUCUGCUACGAGCGGAGGCACAGGAGAGGCUGCAGACUGCGGGACCUGCUCGACCUGGCCAACGGACAUAUCAUGGACGGAGCAGGUGAGAACGACCCGGACCUCGUCCCCGCCUCCCACCCUCGAUUUUGCGAGGCCAUCAAGACGGACGCGGAAGCUUACACCGCGCUGUUCACCAGAACAUUUCAGAACAAAACAUUCUAUGUCUACCGACUUAAGAAGAAACGCAAGAAAAGUGCCAAAACGUCCUCGGAGCCCGGCCCAAAGCAGUAGCUGGACCAAAACAACCGAGGCGAGCAGAAGGAUCCUCUACUCUAUACAGAGCUGUGAUCGUGACUAUUCAUUUGACGUUAUUUUGUUAUUCACUACGCGUGGCUCCAUGGACUGUGGUGUCAACGCAGCAGGCCAGUUGAAGUUUGGGGUUGCAGUUUUGUUACCAGAGUUUUGUUACCAGAGUGUUACCAGAGUGCUGAAGCAAACGUUAAGACAAUGCUGUUUGCUACGAGAAAAGAAAACCUGCUAAAUAAUUUCUAUAUGAACACAGAAGAUUCCUGAAAGGUCAGGACGCCCGAGCUGUUUAUGAUUUAAGAUGUGGUAUUGAAGCGAUCUAAUAUAGAAAUAAAAAAAAAAUAGUUUUUAUUAAGAAGUUUUGUAGUGAGAGGAUAGAUACAGCUACAAAUUCAGAAAUGAAACAUAGUAAAAAAAAUAUCUUAGUUCUUUUUGUUUUACAAAGAAAUUAGAUGGAUCUGAGAUUUUCGAUCUUCUCUAAGGCAGCAAACUGUUCUCCAUAAGAAACUAAAUCAUUCCUGGCCUUUCUUUGCCUGCCACUCAUCUCAGGUGAUAUCAGCCCUGUCUCCUACAAAGUGUCACGCUUACAUAAUGAAGGCGGCAGACUGUGAGAUUAAGUGUUUCUGUAAGGUUUUCGUCGAAUUGGUUGACUGCUCAUCUAAUGGAUCUGUGCUUGUUUACAGCACACCUAACACAUCAAGAAAAACAUCACGCAGCCCUGUGAAUUAUUUAUUUAUUGAAGCUAGGCUCUUAUGGCACCUGGUUUCUAGGAAUUUUCUAAACAUACUUUUUACAAAUAUUUCUUUUAAGAUCUACAGUGCAUCAUUUGUCACGACAUAAGACAACCAACUGCAACAUAGUAAAUACGCCAGAGCAGAAUGUGGCGAUGUUGCUAGCUUGAAAAUCCGCCCAUAACAGUGAAUAAUUGCCGGACUACGUGUGUCUAAAACAUCUUCCCGAGGUGUCGGGAUUCACUUUCUGUAUUGAGACAUUUACCAAAAAGAGUUUUCUUUAGACAUUUGGCUUCCCACCGUUAGUGGGACAGCGUCUGGAACUGUGGUAGCUGCUAAGCUAACUGGGGUAAUGCUAACUAGCUUAAAUAUCUUGUAACGGUGCAUCCCAUCUCGAGGUGGAAAUGAAAUUUGACUGAUGGAUAAAGAUAGACAAAAAGCUCGUAAGUCCCUGCAUAUAUACGGUGUUGACAGUGAGAAGCUUUUUCAUCACGGCUAGUUUUGUCGGAGUCAGUCAUUCAACAAUAUACAGACACGCAUUCCUAACACCACGCUUGGUGCUUAAUCAAAGUGUUGCUUGGAAUAUUCCACAGCCAAAUAGCAAACUCUUGCUGACGGAUUUGUCAUCUGCUGGUGCAGCUUCAACAUAGUUACGUUAAUAAUCGCAUAUGGAAACAGAAAUCCAGCCACCGACACUUGUCAGCAUGUGACUUUUUUUCAAGCGUCUUAGAGCAAAAUGAAAUGAUACCAACCUCAAUCCACCUAAAUCCAUCUAAGUAGACAUCCUCGUGUUUUUUUUAAAUUGUUGACAAUAAUACAUGUUUAACAGGAGAGUAUGACGCUAUUCUCCCUUUUUUUCCAUAAUUUCUAAGUUUAUUUAAAAAGAAUUGACGACCCCGUUGAACCCUACAUUAAUUGAGAUGUCCUGGUAAGGUUAACGUAUGCCUUGACGUGUCGGCUAGCGUUAAAGCUCAAUGCGUGAUGUCAGUAAAACAGAACAGCUGAUACCAGCCAGCAUUUCAUAAAUAUAUCCUGCCCUUCUAUUUCAGUCUCAGUGGCUCCCUGAUCCAAAUGCUUUCCUGAACAGAACCAAUCUAAGACCAUUUGUUGUCCUCAUGAAAGCUGACAACCAAUGAAGUUGAUGGUGAAGCAUAACUUCUUCCUUCAAGCUUUUUUUUUUUUUUCCCCUUGAAAAGCCGGCUCUAUGUUGACAGAGUGAUUUGAACUCAGAUUUAAUAUUUUGGUGGGUGAGCUCAGGUCGGUGUCUCUUGUCGUCACGGUGUGGCCUCAGGGUCCACUGGAACCGGUCACUCUUCAGAAGGAGAACAAAGAGGAUAAUUAUCCUCUUUUUUUGUUCACAAAUCUGAGGUGGGAGCUGCUUCCCUGCGUGGCUUUUGUUGUUUUCGUCGCUGUCGUGUUUUUCUGUCUGUCGGCUUUGUGACUCUCAUCAGCGGCAGCCUCAACCUUUUCACUCCUCUCGUUCCUGCAGACAAACACGCAUGAAUAAUGUAAGCUGUGAGGAAAUUGCAGCAGGCUGACAACUGCACUGAUUCCUCGUCGCAAUUCAAAAUAAUUUGUGUGUGGGGGGGGGGGGCGCAGCGUAUGACAACACUUGCAUCUCAAUCCAGGCUCUGUGCUCAGAAGGAAGGCGGGGAGGAAGAGGGGGGGCGGAAUAGACUCGAUAAAGAAAAGUAGAGGAAUGAGAGCAGAUCACAACCUGGAUCCAUGAUGAUCUAAAACCGUAUUUUCUUUAUCUUCCCAGCUGAAGGAGAGGGGCUGAUUGAAAGCGAGCCGUAGGUGCUGUUAUGUGUGUGUGAUCUGCUGUUCUUCUUCUCCUCACAUCCUUGCUUUCCAGUCCUUGUGCACAUGUUAAUAGGAACCCCUCUCUUUGAUCGUUUACGCCCUCCUGCUUCUGUUGUUCGUUUACUCCGCGGCCUCGUCGAAAGGCAUUUUAAUCGGAUCAGAGGAGCUUGUUGUGUUUCUGUCCUGUCUUCAUAUUGGAUGUUUAAUUAAGGAGCUGCUGGAUCGCUGUGUUUGACAGAAAAGUGAUCCCAUUAUGUUGGCUUCAUAGGAGUGUACUAAUGUAAUAACUUUUCAGAGCUGGUAAUUUCCAUAUGUAUUGCGAUUAGGUCAUUCAGAGGGGUGCCGUGGUGCCCGUGGCGGUCUUUAAUAAAGAGCGAGCAUGUGCGCGGUCUGCUUCCUUCUAAAGAACAAGUGAGUGAAACUAGAAUAAAGUUCUAACCCAAUAACCGGACAUCUCUGUGCAGUUGGGUUAUUGGGACAGAUGUUGGUCAAGAUGCUGCCGCAGGGUCUGGAAGCAGCAACUAGAGGUGCGUGGCAUGACUGACACACCGUGGGCACAAACUGAAGGGAACACAUAGGAUAUAUUUCUUAAAUGGUAGAUCCGUGUUUUAGCUUGUGUUUAUUAUUUGGAUAGACUGAUGGUCCCAAGUUAAUUUUAUUUUUUUAGAUCAUUUAUAGCAUUUUUUUUCAAUUUCAAUGUUCACUAAUGCUGUUUUAUGUCUAAACAGAGCCAUUGUAUAGAGAGACAGAUUGUCACCUGUUACCACGGGUACCACAGAAGGAACUUUCCUCAUAGCACGCAACGCUAAUCAUUCCCUUUAAAGUCAAACAUUUACUGUCAUUUAAAUCAUCAUGCUUGAUACCAACACAGUUUGGUGGUUAGCUUUAAAGUGAAAAGUAAAGGAUACAUGGUUUUCAGCAUUUUAUGAAUAAUUUUUUUUUUAUUUGAUAUCAUUAUUGAUCAUUUACAAAAUGUCCCCAGUUCAGACACACCAGAUUCCAGACACAGAUUCUCAUUUUGAUUUAGGUCCGGCCUUUGAAUGGGCCUCUGUGCUUUGAUGGAAACCAUUCUGCUGUAGGUUUGGGGUCAUUGAGAGUUAAACCUUCGCCUCAAUUUGACGUUUUUUUUAAGGCCAGCGUUUUCGGUAUUUAUUCCUUUAUUCCAUUUCCCCAUCAACCUGGACCAGCUUCCCUGACCCUGCUGUGGAACCCCUUCCCCACAGCGUUAUCCCGUCACCACCAUGCUUUACCUGGGGCAUUGGGUGCAAAGCAUGAUUUAUAGUUAGUUUUCUACCACAGUGUUUUGCAUCCAGAGCAAACGUAACAUUUUGAAUUCCAGAGCACCUGCUUCCACAUGUUUGCUGUGUCCUCCAGCUUCUUCUUAUGGCCUUCUUCUUGACACUCUUCCAUGAGAGCCUGAUUUAUGGAGUCAACCGAGCCUCCCACCUGAGCUUUGGAGCUCUGCAGCCCAGCCAGAGUAAAACAGUUAAACUAGCUAAUUUUUAUAACCUAAUCUGCUUUAAACGUCCCUACAGCCACCUCUCUGAGUCACUAAAGUUCUCUAGCAAACCUCUAAAGGCCCCUCACAGAACAGCUGCAUUUCUACUGAAAUGAAUGUAGUCUGUUCACCAAUUAGUGACAUCUGAAGGUAAUUAAUUGAACUGGAUAAAAUGUAGGGACAUUAGAGGGAAUUUGGUGCAUACAUACACUGCAAACACUUAGUUAAGAAAAUGGACACCAUGUAUCCUUUCCUUCUACUUUACAAAAAUGCUCUACUUUGUGUUGGUUUAGCACAUGGAUUUCUAAUAAAAUAGCUUGAAGUUUGUUGUAAUAUAAAAUGCCUAAACAAAGAUACUACAUUUACAAGGAACUAGGUCUCUUUAUCUCCAUUACUCCCCCUUGGGUGUUUUUCUGUGAUGUAAAUCACGCUAUGUUGUGCCAAAUUAGCUGCUGAGAAGGCUUGAAAGGGUCAAAACGAGCAGGCCGCCAGUUGUGUGUAAUGUCUGCAGUUCAAGCAUUGAAUAAGGCGGUAGCUACAGAGCCUCAGUCUCUUCCACCAGUUCGAUCAGACACAGGAAGUAGAAACACACGGAUGGAUGUGUGUUCGCUUCAUCAACUGAUGGAAGGCUCCACUGAAGCGCCAAGCUGAUGUUGGCUUUCAGGUUCUCCACGCCGUCCACAUCAACCCAGAAGAACUCUGUAGAGAUGAGUUGGGACAUCUUCAGAAUGGAUGGACUGUAAUGACUGCGUGGCAUAUACCGGUCGGUCUGCAUCCACUCAACAUCCAUUGGAAGCAGAUGUUGCACGUUUUGGUCAAUGUUUACUCUUCAGGUUCUCGUGCCACGCCCGUUAUCGCAGGAGAAAUCUGUGAGCUGUUAUUUUGUACAUGUAAUAUUAACAAUGUGUAUGUUCCGAAAAACUUUGUUGAGUAAAGUACUUUCCACCCCCGCA